AUGCGGGCGCUAAACGAAUGGCAACCAAGCCACGUCGCCGUCGCUUUCGACACACCGUCUCCAACCUUCCGCCACGAACGCUUCCCGGCAUACAAGGCGCAACGGCCGCCCACGCCUCUGGAACUGCGGGGUCAGUUCGACCGCGUGAAAGAGUUGAUGGCAACGUUCUCCGUGCCGAUUUACGAAUUGCCCGGCUACGAGGCCGACGACGUCAUUGGCACGCUUUGCCGGCAAGCCGAGGCCGCGCAUGUGCCCACGGUGAUUCUCACCGGAGACCGCGACACUUUCCAGCUUAUUUCCCCGCUGAUUCGCGUGGACCUGGCCAGCAGCGAGCGCGACCGGCGGAUCGUGGACGAGGAGGAAUUGGCCGCCAGGUACGGCGGGCUUACGGCAGAACAACAGCCGGAUUACAAAGCGCUGGUUGGCGACAAAUCGGACAAUAUACCCGGAAUUCCCGGCGUUGGGGACAAGACGGCGACAACCCUGCUGACCAACUACAGCACGCUGGAAGGCAUAUACGAGAAUCUGGAACAGAUCACUCAGAAGAGGGUGCAGAACAACCUGGCGACCAACCGGGACGAGGCGUUUGAAUAUCGUUUUCUGACCACGAUCAAGUGCGAUUCGCCGACUACGCUCGAUCUCGACGCCUGCAAGUUCGGCGACUACGAACGUUCCGACGUGGUCGCCCUGAUGACGGCCCUGGAAUUCCACAGCAUAGUGGGACGAGUGCCUUCACCUGAUGCGCCGUGGGCUACAGCUUCGGAUAGCGCCGGUCACGCUCCCGUCCCGGCGGCCGCCGCGUCGGACGUGGCGAUGGACUACGAUUACCGCGUCGUCGACACGCCGCCAGACUUGGACGCGAUGAUCGCCGCCAUCCGGGACGCUGGCUCCUUUGCGUUCGACACCGAGGCCAGCGGGACUGACCCAAUGUCGGCCGAGUUGGCCGGAUUGAGUUUUUCCAUCGAAGGCGGCCAGUCGUGGUACGUACCGGUAGGGCACAAGUCGGGACAACAAUUGCCCUUGGACGAGGUGAUGGCCGCGGUGCGACCCUUGUUUACCGGUGAAGGUCUAAAGCGCGCGGCCCACAACGCCAACUAUGAUCUGACGCUGCUAAGCAACUAUGGAGUGGACCCAUACCAGGUUGUUGACCACGACACCAUGAUUGCAGCUCACCUCCUGGGCAACGGCCGGGUGGGCCUGAAACCCCUGGCCCUUUCAAUACUCGGUCGGGAAAUGACCGAGAUCACCGAACUUAUCGGGAAGGGAGCCCGCCAGAUAACCUUCAACGAGGUUGAGAUCACCGAUGGCGCACCGUACGCUGCGGCGGACGCGGACUGCACGCUGCGCUUGCGUCGGCACUUUGACCCGCCAUUGGCAGCACAAGGCCUAGUCGACCUGUUUGCGGAUGUCGAACUGCCGCUGGUGCCGGUGUUGGUCGAGAUGCAGCGCGCAGGAGUCCGGUUGGACGCGGGCAUCCUCCACGAGAUGUCGCGCGACCUGCACGAACAACUGGAACAGAUCCAAGCGGAACUUUUCAACUCUAUCGGCCACAGCGUCAACAUCAAUUCGCCCAAGCAGUUGAGCGAUCUGCUUUUCGGAGAGUUGGGUUUGCCGAAGUCACGGCGUACCCGGUCGGGUUUUUCCACCGAUGCCAACGCCCUGGAGGCGUUGAAAGGUUUGCAUCCGGCGGUGGACAAGAUCCUGGACUACCGGCAAGUUUCCAAGCUGAAGUCAACCUACGUCGACGCGCUACCGGAGAUGGUGAACUCGGUCACCGGCCGGAUCCAUACGUCGUAUCACCAAACCGGGUCGGCCACCGGCAGGGUCAGCAGCAGCGAUCCCAACCUGCAAAACAUACCAGUCCGAACUGAAUUGGGCCGCCAAGUCCGCCGCGCAUUUGUGGCCGACUCCGGAUGCCAGCUGCUUUCAGCGGACUAUUCUCAGAUUGAGCUGAGGGUGCUGGCUCAUAUGUCGCAGGACCCUUCGCUACUGGAAGCGUUCCGGAGAGGAGAGGACAUUCACGCCGCGACCGCGAGCCAGAUGUUCAGCGUGGCCAUCAAUGACGUGGACGCGGAGCAGCGCCGGAUCGCCAAGGUGCUUAAUUUCGGCGUGAUCUACGGCUUGGGACCAUACGGGAUAUCGCAACAGACGGGGUUCAGUCGCGAGGAGGGACGCCAUUUCAUCGAUACCUAUCUUUCACGGUACCCGGGCAUCAAUGGUUACCUGGAGUCCGUGAAGGAGCGGACCAGGAACGUGAUGUACGCGGAAACCCUGCUGGGAAGGCGCCGGUACCUGCCGGAUAUACAAUCCACAAAUCACAACACUCGCGCGGCUGCUGAGCGGAUGGCGAUAAACAUGCCGAUCCAGGGGACGGCUGCGGACAUCAUGAAGAUAGCCAUGAUCAACGUGCGCGCCCGGAUGAUCAAGGAGCAAAUGCGCUCCAGCAUGAUAUUGCAGGUCCACGACGAGUUGGUGUUUGAAGUACCGGAUGAUGAAAUGGACGUGAUGACCGAGCUGGUGACGGACGAGAUGCCGGCGGCAAUGGAUCUCGACGUCACGCUCAGGGUGGAUGUGAAAUCCGGCUACUCCUGGGGCGACUUCUGA